AUGGAACACUUCAAACGUCAGCAAGAUGAUAUUUUUCAUCAUGGCGAUGAUAGUAAAAGAAAAAAGAUUCGAAGCAACAUUAAUGAUUCUUUAUCACAAACUAGCACUAUGACAUGUUUUGAACAUCUUUCUAAUGAACUUAUGUAUGAAAUAUUUGAAUUUCUGGAUUAUUUUCAUGUAUAUGAGGCGUUUUUCAAUAUGAAUUUACGAUUUCGUAACCUUAUUAGCAAUUCAAGUCUCCCUAUUAAAAUCAAAGUUUCAUCAAUAUCUAAAUCAGCUUAUCAGCGAUAUUAUACAGACAUUAUAAUGCCUCAUGCCAAUCAAAUAAGUUCAAUUCAUUUAUCAAACGUAUUCAUUUAUGAUAUUGUAUCUUCACCUAUUCGCAUCCUACCAGAGUUUCGUCAACUUCAACGACUUAUUCUUGAUAAUAUUAAAUCUAAAUGUCUGACACAAAUUCUUCUCGAAUUAUUUUCUUUUCCCGGUCUCUCUUCAUUGACUAUUGACUCUUAUGAUAAUAUUAAAAAUAAGAAUUUUAUCUAUCAUCAAAUAUUUCGUUUACCUGCAUUAAAAUAUUGCAAACUGUCCUUACAUCGAUGCGCUAGUGAUUAUAAUCCAUUACCACUCGUUACAAAUGAAUGCAGUUCAAUCGAACAUUUUAUAAUCAAUCAUGGCAUUUACUUGAAUGAAAUGAAUGGUUUGUUAUCAUAUACUCCUCAACUUCGUUGUUUUUCUGCACAACUUGGACGAAUAUAUUCGAUGAAAAAGACAACAAUAGAUCCGCCUACACUAAAUCAUUUGACACAUGUGUUUCUUGAACUAGGUGACAUAAGUUUUAGUGAAUUUGAGCAGCUGGCUAUUGAUUUUUUCUCUAGAAUUCAAGUUUUACGUAUUUCGCUAAAAUAUCAUAGAGAUACAGAAUAUAGAGAUAAUAAUAGAUGGGAACAAUUAAUAUCAUCUCGUAUGUUAAAUUUACGUAUAUUCGAUAUUCGACACGAAAGUUGGGCUAUCAAUGUUGCUGCUAACAAUAAUAAUAGUAAUAAUGGUCCGAUAAUAUUCGAUGGUCUGAUCAAUCAGUUUAUAUCUCCGUUUUGGAUCGAACGAAAAUGGUUUUUUGCCGUUCAAUAUAUUCAGUCAGAGUUUCGAAAUCGGGAAAUAUUCUACUCAACGAAUCCGUAUAGAAGAAAACAUUACACAUUAUAUAAAAAAUCCAAUGAAGAGAGGUAUUUAAACGAUUGUGAAACUAAUAUUCAGUCAGUUCAUCAUCUUCAUAUUGAAAGUGAAAAAGAAACGAUCAAUUGUAUGAAUUAUUUUCCAAAUGUCACUGAACUUACUGUCGCAUAUGGUUUUUCGACAAACAGUCAUUCAUUUUCAACGAUUCUCAAUCGUAUUAUACCUUUGAAACAACUCUCUAAACUAGUUCUUGAAUGUCACCAUAUCUCGUUUAUGAAGCUCAUCGAAUUAUUACGUUUUACACCUAAUAUUCGCGCAUUAGUAUUUCAAUCGAUGCCAUUUUAUAGGGAUGAUUAUAUGUCAAUUCAGCAAAGUGAAACUUUUCGAUUAGUAUCCACUACAAAUAAGAUUACGAACGUGACUUUCAAAGACGCUAGUACAUUAGAAAAGACUAGACUACUUAUUGCUUUAUGUCCUCAAUUGCAGUAUCUUUCCAUAAAGACUCGGAUGAAAUAUUUGGAAUCAAUAACAAGACUUCUAUUAAAAAGUACUAAUAAAAAUACUGGCCAUUUGUGCUCGUUGUGCUUUUUAGAGACGUCAAAUAGAUGGUUCGCAAAUGUGAGUGAUCUUAUCAUCUCCGAGAUGCUACUCGAUGAUUAUAUGUUAAAACUGGUCGACUCAAAAUUAUACUUGUGGUGGUAA